UGGCCAUUGACAUGCUAUAUAAGACGCGGUUCACUUCGAUGACAUUUGCUUCGCUCCCCUGUCUAUGCUUCCUCUUUCUUGUCCAGGAGAACCCUAAUCGUCGCUAAACUCCCAAACGAUCGAAAAAGAGAGCUAAAUCUGCUUAGUCUUCCAUCCUUUCACCCACAAAGUAUACUGGGACUCGGUUGUUCUAUUACGGGUAGCAAAGUUUCAAAGAAAUCUAGACAGCCUGGAAGAGAAGAUCUUAACAUUCUCACAUCUCAAACACCUUGAGCUCUUACAUACACAUCAUGGCAUUAGCAGAUCAAAUCUAACAAAACACACCAUCUGAGCCCCUAUCUACACUCACCCCAGAGAUCUUUUUGGUCGGGAGAGCCCUAUACACAUGGAGCCUAAAGGAAUAAAUAACAACCGCCAUAGCGUCUAUCCACGAGCACCAUUCUUCUUAAACCUGGAAUGAUGGUAAAGCAAAGUGAUCCACAAGGCUCAGUUUAAGAAGAAUGGUGCUUGGGGAUGAAUGCUAUGGCAGUUGAUAUUCCUUUCUUUAGGUUCUAUGUGUACAGGGCUCUCUCGAUCGAAAAAAUCUCUGGAGUUAGCGUUAACGAAGUGGAGGCAUUGUAUGAGCUAUACAAGAAACUGAGCAAAUCUGUCAUCAAUGACGGGUUCAUCCAAAAGGCAGAGCUCCAGCUUGCACUUUUCAAGAACAGCAAGAGGCAAAACCUUUUUGCAGAUAGGAUAUUUGAUCUGUUUGAUGUGAAUAAAAAUGGGCAUAUUGAAUUUGGAGAAUUUGUUCAAUCGUUAAGUGUCUUCCAUCCAAAAACUCCUGAAGAAGAGAAAAUCAAAUAUGCAUUUAGAUUGUAUGAUUUAAGGCACACUGGCUAUAUUGAGCAUGAGGAGUUGAAGGAAAUGGUGCUGGCGCUUCUGAGUGAAUCUGAUUUGAGUCUAUCUGAUGAUAUUGUUGAAACCAUUGUUGAUAAGACUUUCAGGGAAGCAGAUUUAAACGGUGAUGGCAGGAUUGAUCAGGAGGAAUGGAAAGAAUAUGUGGCAAGGAACCCAUCAUUGUUGAGGAACAUGACACUUCCAUAUUUAAUGGAUAUAACGCUUGCAUUUCCCUGUUUCGUACUGAAUACAGAAACAGAAGAUUCAGAAUUGGGGGACUAAACAUAUAUAUGACAUAUUACGAGGUUCAAAAAUCUUCAUUGUGGUGGUAUUGGUAUUCAACGCAGGGAGAAGCAAUGUGUGACUUGUGAAGGCGAUAUAAACUUCAUCAUGUGGUUCUGACCAACAAAUGUUGAAGGGUGCCAAUUUACAUGGUGUACUUGAACAGAAGUGGCUGCAAAUAAGAGACAUAAGAGUGUUAAAGAGUAAGUACACCAACAAUGCGCAAAAUGUGAGGAUAACUAAGAUGAGGGCAUUACUGUGUACCUGUGGACAUAUAAAAAAGACGGUUAGGAGCAAAGAUUAUUUGUACUGGAGUUGGAGUGUGAUAAUGGAUAUUUAUAUAUGAGCUUUUGAUA